AUGGCUACUUCUAUGGUGCGCGGCCGCAUGAUGCGCGCUUCGGGUGCUGCCCUGGCUGCCGCCCCGCGCCAUGCCCGCAUGUACCACGAAAAGGUGCUCGACCACUACAACAACCCGCGCAAUGUGGGUUCUUUCCUCAAGACCGAUCAGGACAUCGGUAUCGGCCUCGUCGGUGCGCCGGCGUGUGGCGAUGUGAUGAAGCUCAGCAUCAAGGUCAACGAAGCCGGUAUCAUUGAGGAUGUGCGGUUCAAGACCUUUGGCUGUGGCUCGGCGAUUGCCAGCUCCAGCUACAUGACUGAGCGUGUCAAGGGCCUCACUCUCGAUGAGGCUAGCGCUAUCAAGAACACCGAGGUGGCUCGCGAACUUUCGCUGCCCCCGGUCAAGCUCCACUGCUCUAUGCUUGCGGAGGAUGCGAUCAAGAGCGCGAUCAAGGAUUACAAGAAGCGCCGUGAUCUCACGGGCAACACCAAGCAGGGCCACAUCGAGGUGACCCAGGAUGUUGCCACCGGCCAGACGCACGCUGCGGCGCACGUCGGCUCUGGCGCUGUGUAA